AUGCCAGGUGAAUCCAAAGUCAGGGUGGUUGGCGUGGAUGUAGGAGGAACAAACACGGAUGCCGUCGUCUUAGACGGCGACAAGGUUAUUGGAUGGCACAAGGCGCCCACUACCAGGGACAUUCAUUCCGGGGUAACAGAGUCCGUUGUCGAGGCUCUCAGGAUGGCCAAUGUGCCUGCUAGCUCAAUCAUGGCUAUCAAGAUAGGAACAACGCAAUUUGUGAAUGCGAUUUUAGAGCUGGACAAAAAUAAACUGGACAAGGUUGCAGUACUACAUGGGUUCCCCCGCGCCUUGAAAUCUGUCAUGGAAGGGUACUACGCUUACCUCGAUGGUGGUUAUCAGAUUGACGGGCGAGAGAUCAGCGCGGUAUCAAAGGAUCAGCUCCGAACCCACGCACAGAAGGUCAGGGAGCUGGGCAUCCGCGCCAUCACGGUGGUAGGGGUCUAUUCGCCCUCGUACCACAAGCAGGAAGAAGACGCCGCCGCAUUCCUGGCCGAGGAACUGGGACCUGCCUUUGACAUCUCCUGCUCUCAUUCCAUCGGCCAAGCCGGCUUCCUAGAGCGAGAAAACGCCGCGAUACUCAACGCCAGCAUCCGCCGCUUCUCCCGCCGGGUUGUAAACAGAUUGGACAAGGCAACCAGGUUCCUGGUUAAUGCCGGGCUAUACAUCACACUCAACGACGGCACGCUUGCACGCGCAUCGUACGCUGCUGCGAACCCGCUCAGGUGCUUCUCAUCCGGGCCGACCAACAGCGCCAGGGGCGCCGCGUUUCUGGCUCAAGACAUGGCAUCCACCAGCAUCGAGGCGGGCCGCGACCUCCUGGUCAUCGAUGUAGGCGGGACGACCACGGAUGUCUGCAGUCUCUUACCGAACGGCUACCCUCGACAGUCCGCAGCUUGCGUCAAGGUCGCCGGCGUCAAAACAAACUUCUCUAUGCCCGAUGUCCACAGCAUCGCUCUCGGCGCGGGGUCCGUCAUCAGGGGACAAGGCCUGCGCACAUCAGUCGGCCCAGACUCUGUGGCCUUGGAAGAGUCAACAAAAUCUCUCCACGCUGGAGGUGCAGUAUUCACCGCAGGGGAUCUUAAGCAUCUAAAGUUUGAUGACCUACGUGAACGGGGAAUCAGUCCUCAAACCAUCGACACGGCAAAGAGUGCAAUUCAAAAGCUAAUAGAAAAUGCUGUCACUGCAUCAAAAACGAAAGUCGAGGAUGCCACCGUUCUUCUUGUGGGCGGAGGCAGCUUCAUCCUCCCUGACCGAAUCGAAGGGACAGACUCUGUCGUGAGACCACCGUUCUAUCAAGUAGCCAACGCGGUAGGGGCUGCAAUCGGCAAGAUCAGUAGCACCUUUGACUGUCUCAUCAAACCAGGCGACCGCAAAGUCCGUGACAUCGUUGCCGAUGGGAAACAGCAGGCCAUUGCCAUGUGCGAGCAAGCCGGCGGCAACACAUCGGAUGUCGAGAUUGUGGAACUGGAAACCAUCCCCGAGCCAUACGCCAUGGAUGGCACUUUCCGACUAGUGGUUCGCGUUGUGUCGAGCAUAAAGGAUAUCACCGCUCUUGGCCGCAAUCACACAGAGGCUGAUGAUAUACCCUCUGCGGGAGAUGUUUCCUUGGCAGAGCCUAAAGACCUCCAUAGCACCGUAUUUUCCCAUACUGACAGCAUAGAGCAGGUAACACAAGUAGAUGCGCAAGAGUAUCGCCCAGAUAUUAAACACGGCUAUUGGACUGUCUCAGAAACAGAUAUUGAGUUCCUGAUAGCUGGGACUGGAGUUCUGGGGGGAUCACCAUCAGUGUUUGUUGAACGGCUACCUGGCGGAAACGAAACAAAAGAAGCAAUGGAUGCUACCCUGCAUUGUGCCGGCAUCUCGAACUUCUCUCACAUCGUCCCGACAGAGAUCGGCGGUAUCAACGCCCUCGAGGCCCUGCUCUCAGGAGCACUACUUGAAAAGACAGUGCUGGAUGCAGACCUCAUGGGGCGAGCAUUUCCUCAGGUGUACAUGACCGUGCUGGGAGCCCAGGGGAAGAAACUGACACCUGCAGCUUUGUCAGACGGAAAUGGCAACAUUGUGAAUAUCCAGACAGCCAAAGAUGAUUGGGAACUAGAGGACCUGGCGCGGGCUGCUUGUGGGUCCAUGAAGUCCAUCGCCGGCAUGUGCAUAACACCACUUGUUGGCGAGGAGAGCAAGCUCUUUGUCCAGAAUAGUUACUCUGUCGCCUGGGAAAUUGGUCGUCGUAUGCACAUCGCGCGCCAACACAAAAGCAACGUUGCACAGGCAAUUGUUGAGCCAGCAAAUGGAGAAGUCCUCUUCUCUGGAAAGAUACAUUCGGUGUCCAGGAAGGUAGCGAACAGUUUGACGCAAGGCAUCUGUGUCAUUCGGUCGGAGGGAUCUUCCGGCUUUGUGACAGACGGCGACGGCACAUUCCUUGAACUGAUCUUCACGAACGAAUUUUCAGGCGCGGUCCUCAAAACGAAAGAUGGAGAUGCUUACGUUGAUAAAUACCUGGCUGCUAGCCCAGACAUGAUCUGCAUGCUUGAUGGAGCUGAUGGAAUGCCGAUCGGUGUCACGGAAGUUCGCUACGGCCUUCGAGUAGAUAUCAUCGCGAUGCCUGCCCCUGCUGUCUGGUAUACGGAGGAAGGGUUGAGAAGGGUAGGCCCUACUGUGUUUGGGUAUGUGGCCGGCUUAUAA